CGGCCAACCAGAAUUUAGUAUUUGUAUUUGUGUAUUCAUGACACAAUCUCCAUUUUGUUAAAAGUAGUGGUGUGUGAAAGUGGUUGUGUCCGUGUUCCGCCGCACAACCACUGAUCCACAGUGAAAUAAUUCAAUUAAAAAUACAAAAAAAAAUAAUAAAAAUCGUGCUGAAAAACAAAAAAAAAACUAAAAACGAAAAUUAAACAAAAAAAAAUCGAAAAAUCAAAGUGAAGACUAGGUACUCAUUUUUCACAGAACCCUUGCAACUUUUAAUUUGUGUAUUUGUUAUUACUUAUUAUUGUUGUGUCGUUAGUUUGUUGUUUGAUUCAAGAUGAACCAAGGGGCCCCAAAUUAUCCCAUGGCGUCUCUGUACGUCGGGGAUUUGCAUGCUGAUAUAACUGAGGCCGUACUUUUUGAGAAGUUCUCUACCACUGGUCCAGUUUUGUCCAUUCGUGUCUGCAGGGACUUAAUCACUCGGAGGUCUUUAGGAUAUGCCUAUGUUAACUUCCAACAACCUGCUGAUGCGGAAAGAGCUCUCGACACCAUGAAUUUUGAUUUAAUUAAAGGAAGGCCGAUCCGUAUUAUGUGGUCCCAACGAGAUCCUUCACUUCGUAAAUCAGGUGUCGGAAACGUGUUUAUCAAAAAUUUGGAUCGUUCCAUUGAUAACAAAGCCAUGUAUGACACUUUCUCUGCCUUUGGUAACAUUUUGAGCUGUAAAGUGGCUCAGGAUGAAACUGGCUCGAGCAAAGGCUAUGGUUUUGUCCACUUCGAAACUGAAGAAGCGGCAAACAAAUCCAUUGAAAAAGUAAAUGGAAUGUUGCUUAACGGCAAAAAGGUUUACGUUGGCCGCUUCAUUCCUCGCAAGGAAAGGGAGAAGGAACUUGGAGAAAAAGCGAAGCUAUUUACUAACGUCUAUGUUAAGAAUUUCGGAGAGGAAUUAUCAGAAGAACAAUUGCGUAACAUGUUUGAAAAAUACGGAAAGAUCACGAGCUACAAGAUCAUGAAUAAAGAUGAUGGAAAAUCGAAAGGAUUUGGGUUUGUUGCUUUUGAAUGUUCGGAAGCAGCUGAGGCAGCAGUGGAAGCACUUAAUGGAAAAGAAUCAGUUGAUGGGAAACCUCUUUACGUUGGUCGUGCUCAGAAGAAAGCUGAGCGCCAACAAGAGUUAAAACGUCGCUUUGAGGCUUUAAAAAUGGAAAGACUUAACCGAUACCAAGGUGUUAACUUGUAUGUCAAAAAUUUGGAUGACACAAUUGACGAUGAACGUUUACGUAAAGAAUUCACUCCAUUCGGAACAAUAACUUCAGCUAAAGUAAUGAUGGAAGAAGGGCGUAGUAAAGGUUUUGGUUUUGUCUGCUUCUCCUCCCCUGAAGAGGCCACCAAAGCCGUUACUGAAAUGAAUGGACGCAUAGUCGGCUCCAAACCCUUGUACGUGGCAUUGGCUCAGAGGAAAGAAGACAGAAAAGCUCAUUUGACAUCCCAAUACAUGCAACGGAUGGCAAAUAUGCGCAUGCACCAAAUGGGUCAAUUUAUUCAGCCUGGAGCAUCCAGUGGAUACUUCAUGCCAACGAUACCUGCUCCACAAAGAUUUUAUGCAGGUGCUCAAAUGCCUCCAAUCCGUACAAGCCCUAGAUGGCCCUCUCAGUCACAAGUUAGACCAACUGGUCAAGGAGUUCCUGCUGCUUACCCAGGCAUGACUAACCCAUUCAGGGCAACUACGCGUCCUCCAAAUCAAACAAUGUCAAUGCGUGGCAAUAUUAAUGUUUCCAGAUCAAUCACUUGUCCACAGCCCACCAAUAUGCAGGGACGUCCCCUUCCAGGACAAAGUGUUGUUGCUUCAAACAGAACUACAUUCAAGUAUACCGCCAACAUGCGCAAUCCACCUCAGUCUAUGGUACCAUUGCCCAGUCAGCCGGUUCAACAAGCAGUGCACAUCCAAGGUCAAGAACCACUUACUGCAACAAUGUUGGCUGCUGCUCUUCCACCAGAGCAAAAGCAAAUGCUGGGAGAACGUCUGUUUCCACUUAUCCAACGCAUGUAUGCAGAUUUAGCUGGAAAAAUCACUGGUAUGUUGUUGGAAAUUGACAAUACCGAGUUAUUGCACAUGUUGGAGCACAACGAGUCCCUUAAAAACAAAGUGGAGGAGGCUGUAGCUGUGUUACAAGCCCAUCAAGCCAAGCAAUCAGUUAUCAAGAAGGACUGAGGAAUCUCUAACACCAAAUUGAAAAUAUUAAGCAUUAGAAAUAUAAUUUCAAAAAAAAAUUGAAAAACAUUUAAUAAAGACAAAAAAAAAUAAGCAAGCGAAACAUACAUACCACUCUCUUUUUACAAAUAAAGUAACUUAGAUAUUACUUUUUGACGAUUUUUAAAAUUAAAUUUCAAAUUUCAAUAUUGUUAUUCUCUUAAAUAUGGUUUGUACACUCUAGGUUCCUUAUUAUAAAUUUUUUAUAUAUGGUCUGUUUUUUAGCUUGUUUUUAUUACUCUAGUAUUCUUAUUCUUUUUUUGUUGUCAAUUCUCCAACCAUUUUUUUAGCAGUUUCUACUUCUGCAGGUUCGAAACUGCUAAGGAAUUCAAGAAUGCAACAUUUAAUAAUAAUGAUGUUUAAAAAUGGUGAAAUGUGUAUUUCAACUUGUACAUACAAUAUGGAGCAAAACGGCCAACAGUUCAUUGAGUGAUCAACAAAAUUGAGGAGACUGGUUCAGACACAGAACAUUGCCGCUGUAAUUUUUGAAAAUAGAAACAAAUUUGAUUGCCUGCUUUUUUUGAACUGUUUAACUUUUGAUAUCAUACUAUAUUUGUUGGGUGUAGGUAGGUUUUUGAGUGGCUAAUUUCGGGUUUAUGCCGUUUUGAUAUAUUUCACUAUUUUUCAAAAUCAUAUACAUUUUAUUUAAGAAUUAUAUAUUGCACUCUUGUUGGACCAUCUUUUAUUUUCUUUCUUGUAUUAUUUAAUUAUUAUUUU